AUGGCUCCCUCUCUCACCCUCUUCCUACUCUUUCUUCUCUCACCCAUUUCCACCUUCUCCGCAUCUUUCUCCUCUCACCCAUCUCCAUCUCCACCUCAUCGACAAAAUACUUUUGCUCUGGCUACGUCUUCCCGGCCUCUACCCUUUGUUACUCGCGCGGAGUUGCUGUCGGCAUGGCUCCCAAAGCUCGCCUGGCCUCCUACAAGGUCUGCUGGAACUCGGGUUGCUAUGACCCUCGCAGCAUUCGACACUGCAGUGGCUGACAGAGUCGACUUCAUCUCCCUGAGCGUAGGCGUCAUCUUCUUACCAUAUUACCUCGACGCCAUCGCCAUUGCUGCUUUCAGAGCCUACGAUUUUGGGGUCUUCGUCUCCGCCUCAGCUGGUAACGGCGGUCCGGGUGCGCUCUCUGUCACGAAUAUUUCUCCCUGGGUGACUACGGUAGGUGCCGGCACCAUUGACAGGGAUUUUCCCGCCGAUGUCAAGCUGGGGAAUGGAAAAAUCAUACCUGGUGUAAGUGUUUAUGGCUGGCCGGCUUUAACUCCGAGAGGGAGAGGCAGAGACGAAGGGGAGUCGCCGUGCUGA